AUGACGGCCAAGGGACUAACUACUCUGAUGAAGGUCGUCGUCCUCCUUGCACUUCUGGCCUUUCUUACAUCCCCAGGUACAGGAUGACCAUUUUCAGUAAAUCGCCUAUCUGCCUUCAGCCAUCCCUUCGUCGUUUACUCCCUACAUCUGCCAUGAAAAUGUUGGUGCACUCCAUGAGCUACAAUUAGAGUUUCUAUUUUGGUUACGUUUACCGCGAAUUUGUUCAUAUUUUUGGUUAUUGGGAAAACUUCGAAUAAAGAUUUGUUGGAGACUUGAACCCAGUUUUUCUUGAGAAGAAAACUUACUAUAAAAAUCCUACCCUUGGCAUUUGAUCGCAGCAUGGGCAGAGCAACGCUGCGCCGCGGGGACUUUUUGUCGUGGAACGCCAGGGAAAUGCAAGGAUUGGGACUGCGCUAAAACCUGCGCAAACGGAGCACCGCUUGGUGCUUCAAAAGGCUGCUGUGAUAAUGACGGCAUUUGCUGCUGCUACGAGUAG